AUGGCGAACCUCUACUUCACGCACUCGAGCGCUCCGCUAAAGACGGUCGAGGAGAUCCAGUUUGGCCUCAUGUCUCCCGAGGAAAUCAAGAACAUGAGCGUCGCCCACAUUCUCUACCCUGAGACCAUGGAAGAGGGUGGCACGAAGCCACGCGACGGAGGCCUGAACGACCCUCUCCUCGGCUCGAUCGACCGACAGUUCAAGUGCAAAACCUGCGCGCAGGCCAUGGGUGAAUGUCCCGGUCACUUCGGCCACAUCGAGUUGGCCAAGCCGGUCUACCAUCCAGGCUUCAUCAAGAAGGUCAAGAAGAUCUUGGAGAUUGUCUGCCAUAACUGCAGCAAGGUGUUGUCCGAUACUAGCGAUCCAGAGUUCGUCGCCGCGAUCAACACGCGAGACCCAAAGCUUCGAUUCAACCGAGUGUGGGCCGUGUGCAAGAAGAAGCGCAAGUGUGAGAACGAGGACCGCCAGAGCAAAGACAAGGAUGACGAGUUCGUGCCCGGGAUGAAGGCCGCGCCUGCCAACAACCACGGUGGAUGUGGCAACGUGCAGCCCGCCGUUCGCCAGGCCGCCCUGCAACUCAAAGCCGCCUUCGACGUUGUGCAGGAGGACGGGCCCAAGAGACGAGAGACAGUUCCGAUCACGCCAGAGAUGGCCCACGGCAUCCUGCGGCGCAUCUCCGAGGAGGACAUGCGGAACAUGGGCCUGAACUCCGACUACGCUCGCCCAGAAUGGAUGAUUGUCACAGUCCUUCCGGUCCCCCCUCCCCCAGUCCGGCCAAGCAUUUCCAUGGACGGCACUGGCACGGGUAUGCGGAAUGAGGAUGAUUUGACGUACAAGUUGGGAGACAUCAUCCGCGCCAACGGCAAUGUUAAGCAAGCCAUCCGCGAAGGAUCUCCGCAGCACAUUGCGCGGGAUUUCGAGGAGCUGCUGCAAUAUCACGUCGCCACGUACAUGGACAACGAUAUCGCUGGACAGCCCCGUGCGCUGCAGAAGAGCGGCAGACCAGUCAAGGCUAUUCGAGCUCGCUUAAAGGGCAAGGAAGGACGUCUGAGAGGCAACUUGAUGGGAAAGCGUGUCGACUUCUCGGCCCGAACCGUCAUCACGGGUGACGCCAACCUUUCCCUGCAUGAGGUCGGUGUUCCUCGCAGUAUUGCCAGGACUCUCACAUACCCUGAGACGGUAACGCCGUACAAUAUUGGCAAGCUGCAUCAGCUCGUCGAGAACGGCCCCAACGAGCAUCCCGGCGCCAAGUACGUCAUUCGGUCCGAUGGCACUCGCAUCGACCUGCGACACCACAGACGCGCCGCUCAAAUCUCGCUGGAGUACGGGUGGAAGGUCGAGCGUCAUCUCAUGGACGGUGACUAUAUCAUUUUCAACCGCCAGCCUUCCCUGCACAAGGAAUCGAUGAUGGGUCACCGCGUUCGCGUUAUGCCCUACUCGACGUUCCGGCUGAACUUGUCCGUCACGUCGCCAUACAACGCCGAUUUUGACGGUGACGAAAUGAACUUGCACGUUCCUCAGAGUGAGGAGACUCGCGCUGAGGUGAAGGAGCUCUGCCUCGUUCCGAACAACAUCGUCUCACCUCAGAAGAACGGUCCCCUGAUGGGCAUUGUCCAGGACUCUCUUGCGGGAGUCUACAAGCUGUGCCGUCGAGACACCUUCAUCGACAAGGAGUUGGUACAGAACCUCAUGCUUUGGGUUCCCAACUGGGAUGGUGUAAUCCCGCCCCCAGCCAUCUUGAAGCCGCGGCCUAGAUGGACAGGCAAGCAGAUCAUAUCCAUGGUCAUUCCCCAGGAAAUCAGUCUCAACAGCCCCGAAGGAGAUAACCCGGAUCUCCCGCCCAAGGAUGCUGGCGUUCUCAUUCAGAGUGGUCAGCUGAUGUUCGGCCUGCUGAAGAAGAAGAAUGUGGGUUCUGCCGCCGGAGGCAUCGUCCACCUCUGCUACAACGAGCUCGGCCCGGAGGGAGCCAUGGCUUUCUUGAACGGCGUGCAACAAGUUGUCACCUACUGGCUUCUGCACGAAGGCCACAGCAUUGGUAUCGGCGAUACUGUUCCGGAUAAACAGACAAUCGAGAAGGUCCAGGUGCACAUCGACACGCAAAAGGCCGAAGUGGCUCGUCUCACGGCCAUGGCCACGGCCAACGAACUGGAGGCUCUUCCCGGCAUGAACGUGCGAGCGACAUUCGAGAACAAGGUCUCCAUGGCCCUCAAUCAAGCUCGUGACCAGGCUGGUACGACUACACAGCGGAGUCUGAAGGAUUCGAACAACGCAGUCACCAUGGCCGAAUCUGGUUCCAAGGGUUCGUCUAUCAACAUCUCUCAGAUGACAGCGCUUGUCGGCCAGCAAAUUGUCGAAGGCAAGCGCAUUCCGUUUGGCUUCAAGUACAGGACGCUGCCGCACUUCACCAAGGACGACUACUCGCCUGAGGCUCGUGGGUUUGUCGAAAACUCGUAUCUGCGUGGUUUGACUCCCACCGAGUUCUUCUUCCACGCCAUGGCUGGUCGUGAAGGUCUCAUCGAUACCGCAGUCAAGACUGCCGAGACGGGUUACAUUCAGCGACGACUGGUCAAGGCUCUUGAGGAUCUCAGCGCGCGCUACGACGGAACUGUUCGCAACUCUCUGGGCGACAUUAUCCAGUUCCUGUACGGCGAGGAUGGCCUCGAUGCCAUGUGCAUUGAGAAGCAGAAGCUGGGCAUCCUGAAGAUGUCUGACGCAGCCUUCGAGAAGAAGUACCGUCUGGAUCUCGCCAGUCCUCCGGAGUGGUUCAAGACGGACUAUGAGUAUGGCAACGAGCUCACUGGCGACAAGGCUUCCAUGGGUCUCCUCGACGAGGAGUGGGAUGCUCUCCUGUCCGACCGUCGCGAGGUCCGUGCCAUCAACCGCACCAAGAUGGGCGAGGAGAUGAUGCAGCUUCCCCUCAACAUCGGCCGCAUGAUUGAGACUGCCAAGCGAGUCUUCAACAUCAAGGCUACUGAUCGCAGUAACCUUCGACCUUCCGACGUCAUCCCGGCUGUGCAGAAGAUUCUGGGUGAGAUGAAGAUUGUCCGAGGCCAAGACCCGAUCUCCAAAGAGGCCGAUGCGAACGCGACUAUUCUCUUCAAGGCGAUGAUCCGGUCUCGCCUGGCCUUCAAGGAGAUUGUCAAGGCUCAUCGCCUGAAUAAGCUGGCCUUUGAUCACGUCCUCGGCGAGCUCCAGAACCGGUGGGACAGGUCGUUCGUCAGCCCAGGCGAGAUGGUUGGUGUUCUCGCAGCCCAGUCCAUUGGUGAGCCCGCGACGCAGAUGACUCUCAACACGUUCCAUUUCGCUGGUGUCUCGUCCAAGAACGUCACCCUCGGUGUGCCUCGACUUAAGGAAAUCCUGAACCUGGCGAAGGACAUCAAGACCCCUAGCAUGGCUGUCUUUUUGAACACGCCGCUGGCAAAACAGGAAGAGGCCAAGAAGCUGCGAAGCAUGGUCGAGUACACAAACCUCCGGUCCGUCACUUCCGUGACCGAGAUCUACUACGACCCGGAUAUCGAGCACACCAACAUCGCCGAGGAUGUGGACAUGGUUGACUCCUACUUCUUGAUUCCCGAUGACAGCCAGGACAGCCUUGACAUGCAGUCGAGGUGGCUUCUGCGCAUCACUCUGGACCGACAGAAGAUGCUCGACAAGGAAAUCAAGAUUGACGACGUUGCUCAGCGCAUCAAGGAGGAUUAUGCCGCGGACCUGGCCAUCAUCUACAGCGACAACAAUGCCGAUGAGCAGGUCAUUCGCCUCCGCACGCUCAAGAAGGGCGACGACAAGGAUCGCGAGAGCGAGAUGGAGGACGAUGUUAUGCUCAAGCGCCUCGAAUCGCAUCUCCUGGAUAACCUCACCCUCCGUGGUGUGCCUGGCAUCGAGCGAGCCUUCUUGACCAAGGGCACUCGCCUGACCGUCGAUGCGGACGGUACGGAGCUCGCCAUCAAAGACGACCCGCGAUGCACCCAAUGGUAUCUGGACACUAGUGGUUCCGCACUGCGUGAGGUGCUCGCCGUCGAUGGGGUGGACGCGUCGCGCACAUACACCAACGACCUGUGGCAGAUUGUCGAGGUCUUUGGUAUCGAGGCGGCACGAUCGGCCCUUGUGAAGGAGUUGACCAACGUGCUGGCCUUUGACGGUUCGUACGUCAACCAUCGUCACAUUGCCCUUCUGGUCGAUGUGAUGACGUACCGAGGCAGCAUUUCGGCCGUCACCCGACAUGGCAUCAACCGCGCCGACACUGGUGCGCUCAUGCGUUGCUCGUUCGAGGAGACUGUCGAGAUUCUGCUCGAGGCUGCGGCCACGGGUGAGUUGGACGACUGCCGAGGCAUCUCUGAAAACGUGAUGCUUGGGCAGAUGGCGCCUAUGGGUACUGGCAACUUCGAGGUUCUCCUUGAUCCCAAGAUGCUGGAAACAGUCAUCUCGGACAACUCUCGGAUGGGUCUCAUGCCUGGCAUGCCGACCAAGGAGGGUGAAGCUGAGGGAGCGGCGACACCUUACGACACGGGUUCGCCCAUGGCCGAUUCUGGCUACCUCAGCAUGAGCUCGCCAGCGGCCGGAAACUUCUCGCCCAUCCAGGGCGCCGGAUCCGAGACGCCAGCAGGAUUUGGCACAGAGUAUGGCGGUGCUGGCUUCGGCGGCAUCGGAUCCAUGAGCCCAUAUGCGAUGCGCGGAGCGACAAGCCCAUUCAGCACGUCGCCGACGUCGCCGUUCAGCGCUGGAAUGGGCGGCUACUCGCCGACCUCUCCCAACGCUGGCUACUCCCCGACGUCGCCGCUCAUCGACGGUGGCGGAGGACGCUACGCGACGUCGCCGUCGUUCAGCCCGUCGUCGCCAUCGUUCUCGCCGACGUCGCCGAUGCUGCGACCGACGAGCCCUGCGAGCCCCAACUACAGCCCGACUUCGCCGAGCUACUCGCCGGCCUCGCCGUCGUCUCCUCGACACUACUCACCGACGUCGCCGGCGCAGUUCAACUCGCCCACGUCGCCGAGCUACUCGCCGGCAAGCCCCAACUACAGCCCUGCAUCGCCUAACCUUCACGGCGCGGGCCCCACCUCUCCUUCGUACUCGCCGGCGUCUCCCUCGUGGUCGCCGACUUCUCCUGAGGCUUACUCGCCAACGAGCCCCAGCUUCUCGAGGAGCCCUGGCAACCAACAGUCGCCGACUAGCCCCAGCUAUUCGCCGACUUCGCCUUCCUUCUCUCCCCGGACGCCAGGUCCGGGCAACUCGGGGAACCAGUACUCCCCCAACUCGCCGUCUAACGAUUGA